AUGGCUAGAUCGAGCAAAGCCCCCGACGAUGCUAAGGCUGGCUUUGACAUAGGAAGCACCAGCACGCGAGCUUGCGUCGAGUGUCCAUCGAGAGAACUUUGCAUCGAGGUUGAGAACAAGGACAUAUCCAAGGCAGCAUCCCAUAAGCACGACCCGGGAGACUACACGUCAACAGGAUACCCGUUUGAUGACGAUAACGAGGAAGUCUACUUGGGCGAAAAGACUGACCCCGACCGAUUGGCGAUAUCUCUCAAGUAUGCCUUCUACGUCUUAUCGGGUGUCUCUGACGAUGUUAUGAGCCAUUAUGCUUUGAUCAAGCCACUGCGGAAGCGUAUGAAUGAGGAAGGCUUUCGCAAGAGACUCCGCCGAGGUCUCGUUGACCUGUUCUCGAAGAUCUGGAAGCAGAUCGAGAAGCUUUGCAAACUAGAGCGGCUCAGGAUCACGACGAUUAGUCUUUCCAUUCCAGCCCAAUGGACGGAUAGCAGUGGCAAGUUCACCGAAGUCUACGAAGACAUCAUGCGUGAAGUCAUUGGGGCGGGUUCCCGUGACAUGGAGUUCUGCUUCGUUACCGAGACCGAGGCAUUGGCUCAUUACCUGCUGAGGGAUCACCUCGAAGAGCUUCGCCGCCAUGGACACCGCGGUGAACAUAGUGCGUUUUUGUUCCUUGACUUUGGCGGUCAUAAUAUGAACGGCUGCAUUUUCAAUGUUGUCUAUGGCGAAGAUCAUGAAGCAAGCUUCUACAGGGUUGGCGAGGCUUUCGGCGCGGGAGGUGGAAGCGAGCAGUGGUCUUACGACGUCAGCGAGUUAUGCAUCGAGCGGAGCGAAGGUCUAACGGGUCGGCGCAUGACAGCCGAGAAGAAGCAGGAGCUUGUCGACAAGUUCGACAGGUUCAAGGAUAGUCUGGGCCCUGGUUUUGACGACGAAAAGCCUUUCGAAUUCGAGGGAACGAUCGUUUCGCCCGAGGAGAUAAGACACCUUUUCGAGAAGGCGCACGAAAAGAUUCUCAAGCUGGCAAAACGUCACAUCGCAACUCUCUCCAAGUUCAAGAUAACCGACAACACCGUGGUCGUUGCUGGUGGAACAGCAAAGCAUGCCGGCAUCAAGCAGCGCCUCCGAGAGAUGUGUCUGAAGAAAGGGGUGCCAGAGCCAGUAUUUGUCAACGUUGAUCUCUGCGUGCGUUACGACUCAGUCAAAAUCGCUAAAGGGGCUGCCUAUUCGGCCUCGACAAAGAUCAGCAUUGACGAUUUCUUGCGACAGGGCGCUGCGUUUGGCAUACAGCGGAAGGCUGUAGGGACUGGACCAGGCUCUGGCAAGAACAAAUACUGGGAAGACACUGCAGAGGUGCUUUUCAGCAAGGACAAGAAGGAUGCUCUCGACCUUAACUUUGCGACCGGCUGCGACGAGUUCAAGAUCAUCUGCGACCCAUUCUUUGGGCGCACUGGCUCAUCCCGACUGUUUUAUGACAGAUGCUACGACGUCCUGUACAUUGGCAAGCUGAAGAGGGGUGGCUCUAGAAUUACGAUGUCCUUGGAGAAGAGAGACGGCAAAGACUUUGCUGUACUCAAAUCUGAGUGGGCGCACGUUAGAACUAAGGGUAUGAAGGAGUGGGUUGGCCCAGGGUUUACAUCCCGCCCACUACCUCUGAGCUUUGACUGUGGGCCCAGCUGCUUUUUUAUUGAUGAUGAGCAGCUCGACUUCGAACGCCUCUUGGCAGGAGGCACCAAGGUCGGCAUAGCCGCCAGAACGCGUGCCAGCUUGGCGCGGCAAGGUGGAAGCAUUAAGACAUCACCUCGUUUAACCCCAAAUGUGGAGGGGUCUCAGCAUAUGGCACCUAUCGACGAUGGGGUCUUGAGUUCAGCAGGGGUACGCGACAUGGGCGAUGAUUCUGCCGCACCCAUGUUGUCGCAACAAAAUACUCGACCGGAGUACUCAGCUGCAUCCUUCGAGUUACAUCCUGCUCGGCAGUCUCCCAAUGGUUCGGCGACCCCGCAGCCAGCACCAGUGGCUGAAAUGGUGAUUGAUACUCAGAGCGACAAUCCGUAUCAACAGGAAGUCACGACCUCACAACCGGCACCGGUGGCUCAAAUGAUGAUCGAUGCCCAUGGCAACACUCCCCGUGUCAGCAGGAACACAGAGCAUCAAGGCCAGUUGUCACAGCCUUCGCUGAGCCCAUCGCUGAAGCGACCCUCUUCGGAGUCAGGCGUGACCCUCCGGUCUGGUCGACAGUUUACGAGUGCAAGAGAUGCCAAGAGGCAGAGAAGAUAUGAACAAGACAAGCAGAGAGGCAUCUCUGACACGGAAUCCUCUGAUGCGGACUCCUCCGCCUAUGACACCGGAUCUUCAGACGAGGAGUAUUAUGCUUGA